UUCUCAUCUCCUCCCCUAUCUCUGAAACCCCCCCUCCCUCUCUCUCGCUCUGUGCCUGCAUUAACUAUUUGCCGUUACGGGGUUUUACUGCAUUUAUUGCUGUGAGAUCAUCCUCGUGAAUCGUCUCAGUACUUUACCGAGGCUCUGUUUCGUUCUGAACUAACUGUUGGGUUUUCGAUCUGGGAAGAAUUUUAGGAUUUUUUUGGUUUCUUGAUCUGUAUUGCGCGUUUUUAGCUGAUUGGAGGUGGGAUUGUCAGUGCGUUUAUGUUUGGUUGAUUGAUCGGCAACAUUAUUCGGUCAUCAGGAAUUUGCUGUUGAUCGGGAGUGGCGAUGUCGGGACCCUUGGAUAGAUUUGCCAGGCCAUGCUUUGAGGGUUUUUCCGGUGGUGAGGAGAGAAGAGAAAGAAAGUCUGAUUUUGAUAUUUCUGAAGAUGAAAGGAGGACUAAAAUUGGUUCUUUGAAGAAGAAAGCACUUAAUGCAUCUUCAAAGUUCAAGCAUACUCUCAAGAAGAAGAGUAGUAGAAGAAAGAGUGACGGUCGAGUCAGUUCUGUCUCAAUUGAAGAUAUCCGGGAUGCCGAGCACCUGCAAGCUGUCGAGUCAUUUCGGCAAGCCCUAAUAUUAGAAGAGCUUCUACCAGAAAAGUUUGAUGAUUACCAUAUGAUGCUGAGGUUUUUGAAAGCAAGAAAAUUUGACAUCGAAAAAUCAAAGCUCAUGUGGGCUGAUAUGGUCCAGUGGAGGAAAGAAUUUGGUACUGACACAAUUAUCGAGGAUUUCGAGUUCCAAGAGUUCAAUGAGGUUAUGAAAUAUUACCCUCAUGGCUAUCAUGGAGUUGACAAAGAGGGGAGGCCGGUAUACAUCGAGAGACUAGGGAAAGUCGAACCAAACAAACUUAUGCAAGUUACUACCAUGGAUCGCUACAUAAGAUACCAUGUCAGAGAAUUUGAGAAAUGCUUUCAAGUUAAAUUUCCAGCUUGUACAAUUGCUGCUAAACGUCACAUUGAUUCAAGCACAACAAUCUUGGAUGUUCAUGGUGUGGGCUUGAAAAACUUCACAAAGAGUGCCAGGGAUCUCAUUAUGCGGCUCCAGAAGAUUGAUGGUGAUAAUUAUCCUGAAACUCUUCAUCAAAUGUUUAUAAUCAAUGCUGGUCCAGGCUUUAGGCUAUUGUGGAAUACUGUAAAGAACUUUAUAGAUCCCAAGACAACUACCAAGAUUCAUGUUCUUGGAUGUAAAUACCACAACAAGUUACUUGAGAUAAUUGAUGCCAGUGAACUACCAGAGUUUUUAGGAGGAACAUGUACAUGUGCUGAUGACGGUGGCUGCCUGUCUUCUGAUAAAGGACCCUGGAAGAAUCCAGAGAUUCUGAAGAUGGUGCUUAAUGGUGAAGCACGGCGUGCCAAGCAGAUUGUCAAAAUUAUCAACAGUGAUGGGAAGGUAGUAUACGCCAAGCCUCAUUACCCCAUGUUGAAAGGCAGUGAUACUUCAGCAGAAUCUGGUUCUGAAGCUGAAGAUAUUGCUUCUCCAAAAACCAAUAGAAGUUUUUCGCAACUUCGGUUGACUCCAGUUCGUGAGGAGGCUAAGACUGUGGGAACAACUAGCCAUUUUGGUAAUUUUUCUGGAUACGAUGAAUAUGUCCCAAUGGUUGACAAGGCUGUUGUUGACUCUGGCUGGAAGAAGCCGACAAACACUGAGAACUUCAAUGUUUCUGAAGGGCCAGCGCCAGCGCCUGAUUCACCCAAAGUACCUGCAGCAUUUAACGCUCGAGUUUUGGCAGCUCUUAUGACAUUCUAUAUGACCUUUUUCUUUUGUUUCCAUUCAAUUUCAUGCCAUAUCAAAAAGAAACUUCCCCAUGCAUUAAUGCAAGGUGAGCAAACCGCUCCAGAAAAUGAUUUUAGACCUGCAUCACCAACAUCAUCUCCCAGGGAUACCGAAAUCCUAUCUUCUGUGCUGAAGAGGCUGGGGGAGCUUGAAGAUAAGGUGAUUACUCUUCAGACAAAGCCAUCUGAGAUGCCACAUGAGAAAGAGGAACUGCUGAAUGCUGCUGUCUACCGUGUGGAUGCCCUAGAAGCUGAGUUGAUUGCAACCAAAAAGGCUCUGCACGAGGCUUUAAUGAAGCAAGAGGAGCUGCUUGCUUACAUAGAUAAUCAACAAUUCGCUAAGCACCAAAAGAAGAAAUUUUGCUGGUAAGCUGCACAUUCUACGUGGAGCUUGACGGUUGACGACAUCUCUGUCCAUUUUAAUGCUUACCGCCUAACCUUCCUCAUCAGAGAUGUAAACCGAGUUACCUAACCAACCAUCAUAGAGAUGUAACUGAAAUGUAAAUUUCCAGCGAUAAUUUUUUCCCAACAUACAUAUACUCACAUCUUUUUUCCCUUUCUGGAACAGUGGUUUUUUCCAUUUCAUAAAUUAUUUCUGCAUGUUACUGACACAUUUAAAAGAUAUUUUGAGGCAGAGUAAUCUUGACUCAACUUUA